AUGGCUGUACGGACGGCAUCAAGGUCGCUUUCCCAAGCGAUCAGCAGAUCCCAAUCUGCCAGUGGAGUUUUCGCAUCGCCACCACGAUGGAUGAUUUUCACGCCCAGGACCGUGUACACCCAAGCUGCGAGAAUCCCAGUGAUAACGUCUUCGCGGUCACGCCACAGACCGACUCUGUUAAGACAGCAUCAGCCGGUUGCUGCUCAGAUGCCGGCGAAUGUCCCCGCGAACAAUCGGACGAUUUUCAUUCAGACGGAAGUCACUCCAAAUGCAGAUGCUCUUAAAUUCAUCCCGAACUAUCCCGUUCUUCCAGAAAACUUCCCGGCCCCAUUCCUUGAAUACCUAUCUCCUCGUUCCACCCUCGCUGCGCCCCAUCCAUCCCCGCUCGCCGCAAAACUCCUCAACGUCGAUGGCGUCUCCUCUGUUUUCUACGGUCCAGAUUUCAUCACGAUAACUAAGGCGGGUGAUGCUAACUGGGCACAUAUCAAACCCGAAGUAUUCAGCCUCAUCACGGAAGCUGUCACUUCUGGCGAGCAAUUAGUAAAUACUGUGGCGGUGGCGGAGGGCGCCCAUGCCGGGCAGGAAGGAAGUGGGGAAGAGGCGGUGGAGUAUAAUGAAGAAGAUGAGGAGGUUGUUGGCAUGAUCAAUGAAUUGCUUGAAACGAGGAUUCGUCCGGCGAUUCAAGAGGAUGGUGGAGAUAUUGAAUUUAGAGGAUUUAAGGAUGGAAAUGUGAUGUUGAAGUUGAGAGGGGCAUGCAGAACGUGCGAUUCAAGUACGGUGACGUUAAAGAAUGGGAUUGAGUCGAUGCUGAUGCAUUAUAUCGAAGAAGUCAAAAGUGUCACUCAGGUCAUCGACGAGGAGGAAGAAGUUGCUUUGAAGGAGUUUGAAAGGUUUGAAGAAAAGCUACGGCAGCAGAAGGGCCCCGGUGCUACUGCAUCAACCGUUGGCAAGGGAAGCCUCGACACCGCGGAUGCGUGAUUUUAGCUUCCUCGUGUGUUUAGUCUCUUUAUUAACUCCCUUGCUCGCACGAGUUCAAUGCAAGUGGGGUGUGUGUAUGAUACCAUAUUUUAUGCUUGUUUGGACUCUGUUCCUCGUCAAGGACGACGUUCACCCAGUAUUUCCUAUUCAUGUCUUACUAUACGAUGCAAGUGCAAUAGAUUGUUAGAACCAAAUAAGCGAAAUUUACU